AUGCGUUCCCUGAAAUUGCUCACGGCUUUCUUCGCCCUCUUACCGGCUUUCAGUGCCGCUGUCCCGGCAGGUACCUCUGCAAAAAAAUCUUCAGUUAAGCCUGCGGCAACUGCGUCAUCCAACUCUACCUCCGCGGCCAGCCCUUCGGCUUCUGCAGCUGCUAAUUCGACCAAAGCUGCGCCCAGCCCAAUGGACAGCAACGGCGUCACGAUGGGCAUGCAGCUAGUAAGCGACACUCAAAUUGCCAACGCGGUGAAAUCCUGGCAGAACGAUACCGGAAAGGUCACGAACUUCCUCAACACGGCUACUUCGUUCACCGGCGAUGAGUUCACUCGGCAGGCCACCAUCGCACUCAACGCCGAGAAGGAUGAACUCAACCACAAGAUGGUUCUGGAUGCGGCCAUAGGAAUGCAGACUGAUGUACAGGAUGCCAAUAAUGUACUCGCUAUGCAAGGAACCUUCCAGAUGGUGGUUGAUGUGCUUCAGAAGAUGGUCGACAAAGGACCAGACACUGCACAGGCAGAUGUUAAUGCCAUCAAUCAGAACCGAUGUGUCAACGUUCUCCCAAAUAUCGACAAGUACUUUGCUGCCGCUGGCUCAGCUGAUGUCACUGCUGUUCGUCCCACAGGGUGUCUGGAGGUUACUGGUGCGCCAACUGCUACAGCCGCCGCUGAUGCCAGCGGAGAGGCCUCUUCCGUUGUAACAUCAAGCGCGACGGCUGCUGCUUCAACCUCUAGCUCUGAUGCUGCUGCUGCGGCUUCUUCAUCGAAAGCCAAGGCGACGUCUGCCAAAUCAGCUGGUACUCAAUCUGCCAAGUCAGCUGGUACUCAGUCUGCCAAAUCAGUUGUUACUCAGUCUGCAAGUCCAACAGCUGCUGCCUCCGCCAAGAAGAGCGCGCCAGCCAAAGCUACGUCUCAGAACUGA